AUGCCGUUUACCUCACAUAUUCUUAAUUCUAGCGAUCCUACAUUACCAAAUCAGGUAAUCAACGAUGCAAGACCUUUCAUAAAAUUACCUUUCCCUCCAACGAUCGAUCCGCGUGAUUUAAUUACCGUCCUUCCUGAUGGUCGUGUUCCUACCCGUGCACCUAAUGCAUUUAUCAUAUAUCGUCGUGCUUUUAUUGAAGCUGCGAGAGCUGAAGGUUAUAAUUUUCCGAUGAACGUAAUUUCAUCAAUGACGUCACAAUCAUGGGAACAAGAACCUCAAUUUGUUAAAAAUGAAUAUCGAAGGCUUGGUAAAGAAGCUUAUAACAGACGUAAUGAGAUGUGCCCUGAUUCAAAUCAACGUAGAAAAAGAGAAAAAUGGAAUCUAGUCUCUUUUAAUAAAAAAAAAUCAACUGCUCGAAAAAUCAAAAAAUCGAUUCAAAAAUCACCAAAGAAACCAUCGGAUUUCAAAAAUCAGAAUCAACCUUCAGAAUCUGAUCAAUCUUGCACCAUUGAUUUCAACUCUGAAUUUACUCAAAAAAUGAAUGAUGAUUCUUUGGCAAUGUGUGAUGAUUAUUAUGACGAUGAACAUUUUGAUUGUUGUGAACUUUAUCAAAGUCCUGAACUAAGCUCCGAAAAAAAUUUUGAGCAAAGUUCUGAACAAAGCUUUGGACAGAGCUUUGAACGGAGCCCUGAACAGAGCCCUGAACAGAGUCCUGAACAGAGUCCUGAACAGAGCCCUGAACAGAGUCCCGAACAAAACCCUGAACAAAGCCCUGAACGGAGCCCUGAACGGAACAUUGAACAGAGUCCUGAACAAAGUCCUAAACAGAGCUUCGAACAGGAACCUAAAAACUCGGAUGACAGUUCUCCAAUCAUUAGUAACGAACCUGGCUUUCAUUAUGAUUACUCAUACUUUUCCGAUGGUACUAUCGAAGAAUCACCUCUCCAAACACCAGUUCGUGAAACUUUUGAACAUCAUUUUGAAUCUGUACCUUCAUUUGACAAUAACAUUUACACAAUUUCGAGCGAUCAAAAUGGACUUGAAGAAAUCCAUAAAUAUAACGUUAACAAUCAAAUAUCUUCAAAUCCACUUGGAAUUCAUGAGAAUUUAUUCACAACGGAGGCAGAUAUGUUUGUAUUAUCUAACUCAAAUGAGCUGCCUCUUAUAUUUGAUAAUGUUACGACAUUAUAUCAAGGCGAUCUGAGAAUUGAUUUACCUUGCGGAGUGGAUUUUGCAA